CUAUUUUAAUGCCAGAUCAGAGAUGCUAAUCGUUAAAUCCUUUGCUUGAAUUAAUGGUAAACACCUGAAGUUGCUCCCAAAAAUCAGCCUUGGCUGAGUGUGUGUUAGGUGAUCGUUGUAAUUCUGUUAAUGCUGAACAGCUGUAAAUAAAAGCUUUACCCAUGUGCAUAAGAGACCUAGAGCUUACUGUGGGGUGUGUGAUGGUGCAUAUACUGUUGUAAAAUAAAUGGGUUGCAUUCUCUAGGAAAGAAGAGGACAUGUUUGAAUGUGGGGACUUCGUUUUGGGAGACAAUGAGGAGGAGAAAGGCUUCCCUGAAGACCUGAAGCAAGAGGAACUGCCUCGGGCACAUGGAGCCCAGAGCCCAGGGAGGGGGGCAGCCUGUGAUGAUUGCCCUCAUGAAAAAAGAGACUCCAGGAAACUCGUCCUUGGUGCUGAUGGCCAGAAAGUGCACUGUGAGGAGAAGCCCUUCAAGUGUCCAGAAUGUGGGAAAGGCUUCAAGGGGCACUGCAGGCUCCUGACCCACCUGCAGGUCCACACGAGAGAAAAGGUCUUUCUGUGUGCAGAAUGUGGGAAGAGCUUCAGCAGGAAGGCCAACCUGGUGGUUCACCAGAGAGUGCAUUCAGGAGAGAGACCCCACAAGUGCAAGGAAUGUGAGAAAACCUUCAGCCGUGCCUCGAGCCUCCUUGCUCACCACAAAACCCAUCUGAAAAAGAAAAGCUUUUCCUGCACCGUGUGCAGAAAGAACUUCAGUGGGUACACAGCUCUGCAGCAGCACCAGAGAGUCCAUACAGAUGAGAAGCCCUGUAGGCGUUCAGAGCAUGGAAAUAGCCUCACUGUGAGCUCAGACUUCAUCAGACACCAACAUCUGAGAGAGAGAGCCAGUGAACACACAGCAGAUGCAAACCAACCUGAAUUUACAUCUCUGCAUCAGAAAGAAGAGCAUCGCUGUGGUGCACAGGAAAGUGAGAUGGAUCACUGGAAUCUUGUUUCUGAAGAGUUGAAGAAAAUGAGGGAAAAUAUGGAUAUGCUUCUCCUGAAUCAGCAAAGUCAGCUGCAGGUGCUUCAGGAAAUUCAGAAGCAACUGAAUACUCUGCUCCCAGGCAAUGCUCUCCUGAAUUCCAAUGUUUAUAGCUUAGGACUCCUGCUAGGACAGCAGAUGGCUGCUGCAGCAUCCAUUUCUUGCUCCCUUCUUAAUCCCAGCAGUCUCCUCUCCUGUGAAGAUGCCAGUGCCUUAUCCCUUUCAUCUGCCUCUGGAGCUCUGCCUGCACCUCAGCUCCCAACCUCUCAGGAUCCUGUGGCUUCUGCAGCUUGCUCAGCGCUGUGCUGUGAAUGUGUCCAGUGCAAACAUGUGUGAGUGUUUUAUCUCUCGGGGCAGGUGACCUCUGGGCUGUGGUGUUGCAGUUGUUGUACCUGUGAAGGUGCUGACUGUACACUCAGAUGCAGCAGUUCAUCAAAUCCCUGCCCUGCAGCCUGCAGGGAUUUUGGCCAGGAAUGACCUUUGUCGAGGGGUGCAGUGAAGUGCAACAUUCAUAUACAAGAUAAUGCAUCAAACUUCAGUGUAUUUUUUACCUGAUAUGUCUUUCAGCAUGAACUUGGGCCUUUGUACCUCUCCUAAUGAGUUGAAACUAAUGAUCAAGUCCUCAGGGAUGAUUUAAGUAUCUCCUGUUAAGUCUGAUUUAUAUAGAGGGAAGCAAGAUGCUUAUGUAAAGAUGUUCAGUUUAACAGCACCCCUGUCCCCAGUGUCUGUUUGCAAACGCUUCCUUCCUUUAGGAAGUCUUUAAAUUAAAUGUCCUUGACUUAACUAAUUCUCAGGCCAGCAGCACUGCUCAAAAUAGAAAAAAAUAAUUUCUGCUUUUUGUUUAAAACAAACAACCACCCCCACCACCCAAAAAAAAACCCAACUGAAAGCACAAAUCAAAAAGCCCUCAACAAAAUACCACCUUUCAGGUCUACCUUGCUUACCAAGAGUUCAUGAGGAAAAGCCAAACUGGGUUAUAGGGCACUUGUUCUUUUGUUCAAAGGUGUACUCAGUUGAGCCUGGGUUUACUUUGUCAAACCCUAUUUGGAUUGUUACAUGGUUUUGGCAGUUAUGUAUUAAUUAGAGGUAGGAGUGGGGUAAUUAACACUGAGAGGCUCAGGUCCAUCAUCUGGUGAAAACAGCAGAGGAAAUAUUUUUUUUCUUUUCUUUCUGUUUUUUUUUUCCCCUGUAGGAGUCUGAUAUUUCGGACAUUAACAUGUCUUAAAAUUCUGACAUUCCAACCUCUAUCAGGGUUGAAAAGUGCAAUUUUAAAACGUGUUGGUCUGGUUUACCUUGUUCCAUCAGUGACAGACUUGGGGCAGUCUCAGGACCUUUAAGCUUCAAAAGUGCAGAAAAAGCUCCUUUACGUUUGAACUGGGAUAACGAAACUUUGGGGCUUGUACCUUUGCCAAAAAGUCUUUUUCUGAAACUGUUGCUGUUCUUGUGCAUGGUUGGUUUUGUGGUUUGUAGUUGCUUUUUUAUGUUACCUUGUUAAAAGGAUGCACUCCUAGUAGUUAAUAAAAUAAGGUUUAGAUUUCAAGAUUUUUAGAUUAGACGGGUAUUUUUUAGAUUUUAGAUUAGAAUGUCACAUUCUGUCCCAAAACUAAAACUGUAGGGCUAAGUAUGUCACUUCUGCUGUGUGACUACAGACUGUGAAAAUCACGCACUCAUUUUCUACUGUGUGGGAUUCUGGAUUAGUUUUAGCUCAUAAGGAUAUUAAUUUAAGCCAAAUUAGGAGGCCUGGAGGGAUGUCCCUUCAAUGUGAUCUUGUGCUGGUAUCUCUGAGGUGUAAUUUCCAUCAGUUGAGCAUUUCAGAAUCCUGUGCCUUCAGGCUUCAGAGUUUCAGAAAGACUUGCUCCUGUUCCAUGGAAACUCAGGGGUACUGUGCAUAACUUUUUUUGAUGUUUAAUGUCAUAAUGCAUA